AUGAAGAAUUGUGUGCUCUGCAAGUCUACUGCAAGAAUGUACUGUGAUUCGGAUCAAGCAAUCCUGUGCUGGGAUUGCGAUGCAAGAGUCCACACAGCAAACUUUCUUGUAGCCAAGCACACUAGAACUCUUCUCUGCCAUGUUUGCCAAUCUUCAACCCCAUGGACUGGCUCUGGUCCCAAGCUUGCACCCACAGUUUCGGUCUGUCAGUCCUGUGUCAAUACAAGGAACCCUAAUAUCAACGGUGAUUUUGAUCAUGAAGAUGGUGAUGCGGAAAAUGACAGUGAAGACGAGGAGGAUCAGGAUGAUGAUCAUGAUCAUGACGGUAGUGAUGAUGAUGAGGGUGAUAAUCAAGUUGUGCCUUUGGUUUCAAGUUCUUCUAGCAGUGAAGAGUCAUCUAGGAGAUUUUGCAGAGAAACAGAUGAUUUGCAGCCCCCAAAUGACCAUGAAAGAUCUCAAGACAAGAGUUCCCUAAAGAUUAGCCCAUGGACAUGA